GCUGGUAAAGAACAACAGAUCCAAAUAGAAUUACGGAAAAGCCGACCGAGACCUUACGGGUUAGUGAUUCCAAUUAGCACCAAUGCAGACGGAAGCUACAUCUCCAAUAUCCUCUCUGCCAGUCACCAAAGAAGAUCAACGCGGGAGGUGUCCCAGAGCCCCAAACAGCUGUAUUUUAAUGUCACUGCGUUUGGAAGGGAAUUCCAUCUCCGGUUGAAACCCAACACUCGUUUAGUGGCUCCCGAGGCCGUAGUGGAGUGGUACGAAGACUCUGUGGAAACUGGAAGCGAUGCUGGCAACACGAGUCAGACUAGAACUACUGCAGAGAGAUUAUGGAAAAGAGAGCCCCUGUGGACCAACUGCGCCUAUGUGGGAGACAUAACUGACAUCCCCGGAGCUUCUGUUGCUAUUAGCAAUUGUGAUGGUCUGGCUGGAAUGAUAAGAACUGAUAAGGAUGAAUACUUCAUUGAGCCUUUGGAAAGAGGAAAGCAAAUGGAAGAGGAAAAGGGAAGAAUCCACAUGGUGUACAGGCGCUCGGCUGUAGUGCAGCAUUCCACCGAUGCGCUCCCUGAUGUCCAUACAGAAGAGCCUCCUCUCGGCAGCCCCGGCGAGCUGAGCUCCCUGUACGGCAGCACAGAGCAGCAACUGAAGGAAACCCUGAGGCGACGCCGGCACGCGGGAGAUGAUGACUACAACAUCGAGGUGCUGCUGGGUGUGGAUGACUCUGUCGUCCGAUUCCAUGGCAAAGAACAUGUCCAAAACUACCUCCUCACCCUCAUGAACAUAGUGAAUGAAAUUUACCAUGAUGAAUCCCUGGGUGUUCACAUAAAUGUUGUGCUGGUCCGAAUGAUCAUGUUGGGGUACGCAAAGUCCAUUAGCUUGAUUGAAAGGGGGAAUCCCUCGAGAAGCUUGGAGAACGUUUGCCGCUGGGCCUAUCAGCAGCAGAAGUCGGACCCCAAUCACUCUGAGCACCAUGAUCAUGCCAUCUUCUUAACCAGGCAAGACUUUGGGCCUGCUGGUAUGCAAGGAUAUGCUCCUGUUACUGGCAUGUGUCACCCGGUCCGAAGCUGUACUCUCAACCAUGAGGAUGGGUUUUCAUCAGCUUUUGUGGUUGCUCAUGAAACCGGUCACGUGCUGGGAAUGGAGCACGAUGGGCAAGGGAACAGAUGUGGGGAUGAGACAGCAAUGGGGAGUGUCAUGGCUCCCUUGGUGCAGGCUGCCUUUCAUCGCUACCACUGGUCCAGGUGCAGCGGCCAAGAACUCAAAAGAUAUAUCCACUCUUACGACUGUCUUCUUGAUGACCCUUUCGAACACGAUUGGCCCAAGCUUCCUGAACUGCCAGGCAUCAAUUAUUCCAUGGACGAACAGUGUCGCUUUGAUUUUGGCGUUGGCUAUAAAAUGUGCACAGCGUUCCGAACCUUUGACCCAUGCAAGCAGUUGUGGUGUAGCCAUCCAGAUAACCCCUAUUUCUGCAAGACUAAGAAAGGACCUCCACUCGAUGGGACGGAAUGUGCCCCUGGAAAAUGGUGCUAUAAAGGUCACUGCAUGUGGAAGAACGCUAACCAGCUGAAGCAGGAUGGCAACUGGGGACCCUGGACAAAAUUUGGCUCCUGCUCACGAACAUGCGGAACUGGAGUUCGCUUUCGAACACGCCAGUGCAACAAUCCAAUGCCCAUUAAUGGAGGUGAAGAUUGCGCUGGUGUCAAUUUUGAGUUUCAACUGUGCAACACAGAGGAGUGUGCGAAGCACUUUGAGGACUUCAGAGCGCAGCAAUGUCAGCAACGCAAUUCCCACUUUGAGUAUCAGAACAGCAAACACCACUGGCUGCCCUACGAACACCCUGACUCUAAUAAGAGAUGUCACCUGUACUGUCAAUCCAAAGAAACCGGAGAUGUUGCUUAUAUGAAGCAGCUGGCACACGAUGGGACUCGCUGUUCCUAUAAAGAUCCCUACAGCAUUUGUGUUCGUGGAGAAUGCGUGAAAGUGGGUUGUGACAAGGAAAUUGGCUCCAAUAAGGUUGAAGAUAAGUGUGGCGUCUGUGGCGGGGAUAACUCGCAUUGCCGAACUGUGAAGGGAACCUUUACCCGCACUCCCAAGAAGCUUGGGUACCUUAAGAUGUUUGAUAUCCCUCCCGGUGCUCGACAUGUGUUUGUCCAAGAAGACGAGGCUUCUCCUCACUUUCUUGCAAUUAAGAACCAGGCCACAGGACACUAUAUUCUGAAUGGGAAAGGGGAGGAGGCCAGAUCCCGAUCGUUCAUCGACCUGGGCGUGGAGUGGGAGUACAACAUAGAAGACGACAUAGAAACUCUCCACACUGAUGGGCCCUUGCACGAUGCAGUGGUUGUGCUGAUCAUUCCUCGGGAGAAUGACACAAGAUCUAGCCUGACUUACAAAUACAUCAUUCACGAGGAUUCAGUGCCAACUAUCAACAGCAACAACGUCCUCCAGGAAGAAAUAGAUACUUUUGAGUGGGCGUUAAAGAGCUGGUCUCAGUGCUCCAAGCCCUGUGGUGGAGGGUUCCAGUACACCAAGUACGGGUGCCGCAGGAAAAGUGAUAACAAAAUGGUUCAUCGCAGCUUCUGUGAAGCCAGCAAAAAGCCAAAGCCCAUUCGUAGAAUGUGCAACCUUCAGGAAUGCACACAGCCUCUCUGGGCAGCAGACGAGUGGGAAUACUGCACAAAAACCUGUGGGAAUUCUGGCUACCAGCUCCGUACUGUGCGGUGCAUUCAGCCCCUUCCUGACGGCGCAAACCGCUCCGUCCAUUUCAAGUACUGCAGCGGAGAUCGCCCUGAGAGCCGCAGGCCCUGCAACCGAGUGCCCUGCCCUGCCCAGUGGAAAGCUGGACCCUGGUCUGAG